UUAACUAGUGGGAGUUGCUUGAAGUGUGGUGGAGGUUUAGCUGUACACAAAACACCUUUCUUUUAAGCACCAUCACAGUCAGGGAUACACACAAUCCCAUGUUGUGCUAACAUCAAACGAGCUUAGAAGUGUACGUGUUUGUGUACUUGCAGUACUAGCGAUAGUGAACCAGGAAUGGAGGGAUGCAACGUUCCUUUAACUUAAUUCACAGGUUGAGUGAUAGUAGCCUGCAUGAGCCAGGGUCCCCACAUCAUGUGAGGUGGUGCAGCACGCCAUGUCUACCCAGGAACCCAAGCCAGAGGCCUUCAACCCCCUCGACAUUCUCGCUACAGCAGCUGCUCUCAAACAAGUGGAUAAAGGUCAACGGGAUAAAGGUCAUGUAGACAAAGGUCAAGGACAGACCAUGACUCAAUCUUCACCAUCCGACAGUCAGGAAAACCUUACAGACAAUAAUACAGAUGCCAAAACAAGUGAUAAUAAUAAAAAUGGAAAUAACGGUGUUCAUGUUAGGAAGUUCAGAGUGCUGAAAAUAACCUCGGAUAUAGAAAAAAUGUUAGACGAACAUAACUAUGGAAAUUCGCGUAAAACUUAUGGAAAGCCUUCUUGGCCCGAGACAAGUGUUAAGGACAGAAAAGUAAUUGUUACAGUGGUGAACGGGACAGGUGAUCAUCCAAUGGUGAAACCUAUUGAUUCUGUCGGUGUGGGACCUUCAGGGGACGGGGCCGCAGGUGACAGGAAGAUGGACAAUGAGGGUGACCAGGUGAAUCGUACAAGUGAUACAGGUAACCUGCCAGAGGCCGGCCAAGAUAACGAGGCAGAGGGCAGUGAGACGCAUGAGAUAAGCCCAGUAAGUGGAGAUCACUCCGUCAGUACAGAGAUCAAUGAUAGUACAGAGUCUAGCUCCGAUAGCACUUUGUGUAUGUGUACUGAUAAAACACUGUGUUCAUGUGUGAAUAAAAACAUACACAUCAACACUGGUUCAUGCCUAGGUGAUGAUACCUCAAGCGUGUCGGUGUCCACACCAACAGUUGGGAAUGAGUGUUUGUGUGAUAAAUCUGACAGUGAAACAGAUCCAGAAUCCCCAAGAAAAUGUGACCGAACAGACAAUCAACCUGAAUGUGACAAUAAACAAAUUGAACAAACAUCUGUAGUUGACUCUGGUGUGUCAAACUGUGAUACAGACAGCCGGUGUGAUGGUAGUAGUACCACAGAAAACCUUGCAUCCUGUCAGCUGGAAUCGGGCUACACCGCUAAUGCAAUGGUAAACGUUGGGUCCUCAAACAAGAAAAGUCACAUUCGCAUGGUUUCUCACACCAUGCCAAACCCAGAGACCAAACUCCAUCAACCUCAGACUCUGGUGAUAAACAUCAACCACAACAAACUGGCUGUUCAAUCAGACAUUGGCUUAUCAUCUAAGGCAGAGGACUCACAACUGACCAGCUCAUUAUCUAAUUCUAAGGAUCUGUGUAUGGAAACUGAUGACAAUGGUGCUGGAGAAUCUGUGUCGGAUAAACUUAGUGAUCACAUAUGUAGUGCUGAUUUACAGACAACUAGUGCUUUAUCAGUUCAGCCUUCUGCUGAAGAAGUCUCGCCUCAACUGUCUACCUUUGUGAAACAAGAUCAGGUGUCAGAAUCAGAAAUGGCUGCAAGUUAUAGCAGUAUUACUGUGACAAAGGAAAAUGGGGAAAAUGAUGUAAUUGGUGGAAAAGUACUACAAGAAAUGGAUAGUGACAAGCUUUGUUGUAAAAAAUCUAUAGCAUCUACAUCAUCACUGGAAUAUGCAAAGAGCCCAGAGUUUGUUGAUGUUCCAGAAAGUGUUUCUGAUAAACUCUUGGAGGAAGAACUGUUCAAAGAAAGCAAUGACAACAGUGUCUUUGAUGACUCAACUUUUUCAAAUUCUAGCAGCAAAAUUUUCUUAAAAACUCAACCCUGUUUGGACGGCCAUCAGAUAAGUUCGUGUUUAAAACCACUUGUUCAAUCUGGACGUAGUGAUGAAACCAGCUCACCUGCUUCAGCAGACCAUUGCUAUGCUGGAAUAUCUGAACAUGUGACAGAACCAAAACCUGUAAGAAAAAGUAUAAGGUUACAGUCAGCUGACAGCCUCGUCAGUGAUCUAUCUCAGGACAGUGGUUUUGUGGAGGUUUCACCGGGUACUCCGAAUGGGAAUAAAAUGUUUCCAAACAGGCUAAGUGACACACCUGUAGACCAAAAAAUGGAAACUGGAAGUUCAGACUCAAGUCCUGAAAAUUUGGAAAUAAGAAAUAUCAAAAACUUCCUUGUGACAUCAAGUUCUGCAGGUAUUCUAAGCCAGGAUCUCAGUGACGUCAACAAAACAAGAGAUGCUAUCAUUGCAUUGAUGCAGCAAUCGUCUUCAGACAGUGGAAUGACAAACAUGCAUUCUGUACCAGUGACGCCUGUCAAGUCAAAUAAAGUGUUGGUUCCAAAUAAAAAUGUGUCUCCGAAAGUGGGAAAGUAUCGUAUUGGAACAUUUGGAUCUGUGAGUAAUUCAGCUAUGGGUCUCGAGUCUCCCAAGAAAAAAACGACAGCUCAGGUGUUCACAUCAAAACAAUCAUCAAUGGACAUAGGAAGCUGUACUAAAUCUUUAUUAGGUAAAAUAAACGGAGCAGGGAGGACUGUGAUGCCAUGUAUAGUGACCAGUGCACAUAAUGGACCACAGCUGACAAUUAAGGAUUCAUCUGUUUCUAUGGAAAGUCUGGAUACCUGGAGGGGCCAUGUGGAGCAUGAUCAUGAUUACUGCCUUCCACCCGAGGCAGAAUCCUCCAGCCCACACCUCAUGGCAAAAUUGUUGAAGGAUACAUCCAUGAAGAAUGUUAUAAAAUGCAGUGGAAGGGAUAAGCGAACAGAAUCUAAUGAGUCUAGUGGCAGUACUGGUAAACGACAAAGGAGAGUUAGUCUAUCUGGCCGACCAGACUUACCUCGCAAUGGCAGUACUGAGUUAUCUUCCCCUAGUAGUCUGUCAAGCUCUCCUAUUGACUUCCCAGUUGUACAACCUCAUAUGACCGCAAGACAAAGAGCUAAAGCAGAAAAGGCAGCAGAGUAUGUCAAAAUGGGUAACUCGGACUCAAAAUUAAAAAUUACAGGUAAAUUCCAGGAUGAUUACAUUUAUUUUCUUAACACAAAAGUGCGUAGUAGACGAAGGACAAACAGUCAGGAUUUGCCACCACAAAUACCUCUGGAUAGGAUCAUAGUGCCAACUCCUAAACCUGGUGAUAUUGUGGUACCGCAUUUAACUGAUGCAGACCUUGAGGCAAUUAGACUCGGGAAACAUGCUUCAAUAAAAUCGGCAGCUUCAUCAUCUGGAUUAGGAGGUCUGUCCGUGUCUGCCUCCUCAUCUUCAAGUUUUAAACAGAUACAGUCGUCCUCUUCCAUUCAGGUGACAUCCUCUCCUAUCAUAGAGACAUCAAAGUCUGGCGUGGUACCGACCAGUUCCAUGUCGGAUGAGGAAAGCAAGAUCAUCAAUACAAUUCUGAGUAUGGAAACAGGUGAUAAUACAAGUACUACAACUUCCUCAAGUAUAGCUCAAGACAUAGGAACAGAGGUACCCAGCUUAUCCCUCCCAACUCCAGAUACUUUCAACUUCCUACCGGAGCAGAUGAACCUGACUCCAGAGCAGUAUGAGAUACUGUAUAGUGCUAUGGAUGAGGUACAAGGGUUUGAAGACCUGGACUGUGGGCCUUCCUCUCCAACCUCCAACUCUGAACUGUCUGAGGACACAACCACACCCACAGAACCCUUGAGACCACAGGACAGACUUGGGGAGGUUCUGUCCACUACCACAGAGCCACUACAGGCCAAACUGGAUACGCCGACAGUGUCUAUGGAAAGACAGGAAGUUCCAACCAAGUCUUCUCUCAAAGUUCACAGUCCCAUCGCAUCCACUUCACUACCAGAAUCGCUGGAGUCAUUGAGUGAAAGCAAAGAGAAAGUAGUUUUCCCAAGCCCUGUAAGUGAGCCAUCAAACCAGGAUUUAAUGAAAUGUGAGGACAAGCCUCUUACAGUAAAGUCACUACUGCAGGCAAAUGGAGCUGCCAAAUCUCUCCUACAGCCAGGCAGUACUGUGGCGGGUGUACAAAUGGGACAACAGUCAGCUCUGACAAAUGGAGUGGUGGGUCCAGCCACCAUUGUAAAGUCCCUGCUGAAAACUGAUCAGUCCAAAUCUCUCCUAACAUCAGACAUUCCAGGUCCCAGUGCUGUCAGUAGUAUUCAGGACCUUCCUUUUACCUCCUUGGAUAAAUCUUCAACACAGGACCUCCCUUUUACCUCCCUUGAAAAAUCAUCAUUAGAUCUCUUUGAAAAUGACCUCAAGUUGUUUCCAGAUGCGACAGUCCCUGAAAGCUCUAGUCCUGCUACCAUUCCUCCCACAGUGUCCCGAGCACCCCCUCCAACAGACUACAGUGCCCCCUGGAUUGUCACCGUUAGUAUGUUUUGGAAUGAUUUACCUGCAAUCAUGAUCAACAAUUUACCGUUUGUUCGUCUGGUAGAUAUUCAUAAACAAAUCUUACCAGCAAAAGAUACAGGAAUUCUGAAAAAGAGAUGUCAGUUACUUGGAAUUAAUGUAGGCAAUUGCUCAGAAAUGCAGCGUUAUUUCCUUGUUCAGUACGGCAAGGCUUUUAACUCCAAAAGUACCUUGAUUGUGGGGAAGAAUGAUGCCAAGAUGUUGAUAGGAUACUAUGUUAACCCAGUUCCCAAAACUGCUCGAGGAGAGGAAUCACUGGUGGGCCGUAGUCUGGAGGAACAUCGUGUGGGGACAUCCAGGUUCUCCAAGGUCAGAGGAGGAGCCAAGGUCAAACACCACAACACAGAACCAAGAGCCAUCCUAGAAGUACCUCCAGUGCUCCCUGUGUCGCAGCCUGAGGAGGACGAGAUCCUUGUUCGACCUUUGCCCCUCCAGGAUGUCACCGUAACCAGGACUGCAGUUUCUGCCCCAGUAUCUCCGACAGCAGUUUCAGUGUCACAGUCAACUUCGCAACCAGGACGUGUAUCACACAGGACAAGGCAUAAGAAAAUAAAUUUCCUGGAAAUGUUGAAAGGGGAUGCCAAUAAUAACACUAGUUUAGUGGAUAACGUAACCCCCCAAGGCUCUGUCCCUGUUGCAGAGGAAAGUGUGUGCGAGGAUACUAUACCCAGUAUGCCUACAGCACCCGAGGACAGUAUAUCCAAGGAAAAAUUCGUGAAAAGGAACGUUAAUGUGAAAAAUGUGAGAACAUCAUCUGGUAAGAUAAAGGAUAAGAUUGUCAAUAGAGACAGGGUCAAGGUAAAAAAGGGCAAGGACCCUGUGCCUGCCGAAGAACAGAGCAUGGGGGAAAGCGAGUGCGAGAACCGUACAGAGGAGGAGGAGGAAGAAGAGGAAGUAGUGGAAGGGCUCAGUGAUAAACUCCCAUUCUUCAUGGGCGAACGAGGAGCUAAAAAUAAUGACCGUGAACAGAUGGCAAAAAAAUUAAAAAUCAUGAAAAAUCGAAAACCUGGCGCUUUAAAAGUGAAAUGGAAGAUUUUUGGAAAGUCAAAUAGUGCAAAAAGGGCUAUGUUCAAUAAAGGUAAUAACAAAACUGAGUUGAGAUCAGAAAUUCUUGCUGUCAUUCAUAAAGACAUGGUGCCAAAAAAUGGACACAAACAUAGAUUGCAGGCAGGCAAUGUGUUCCUGGACCAAUACAAUAGAAAGGACUCGACCUGUGUCAGAUGCUGCACGUGUAAAAAGCUGCUGUCUGUUGACAUGUUCCUCAUACAUCUGCAUGAGAUUGGGGGCAGUGGUAAACUGUUGUCAGUCAGUCAACCCCAGGUCAUAUCUCUUCGAGACUCUUACCCAUCAGAAACACAGAAAAGACUUUGGGAGAAUUUCCAAAAGAGGCGACGAUUACAUUCUAACAACAGUGAUCGCUCUAAGAACAGUGCUGUGGAAAGUGUGGAAAAAGCGCCGGAGGAAAUAUUAUCUGUGCCGAGUAAAAAAGUAGAACAGAGAAAAAAAGUGGUUAGUGAGAAAUUGGCAAAGGUCAGCCUAAGGCACACUAGUGUUCCUGCCAUUCAGGCUCCUGUGACACUUAGCAAUGGCAAUGUCAGAAUUAGUGCUAGAAAACGCAAACAGAAACAGCUAUAUCCUAUUGAGAACUACAGUUUUUCACGCAAAAGCCAACAGAAAAACCUUCAAAUAGAUUCGGAUGGGGACGAGCCUCUCUCUCCAAAUGGACUUGAGGUGAAUGUUGAUGAGGGUGUCUCCCCCUCCAAAGUUAUCAGACUUCUACCCUCAGUGUUGGACAGUGGCACAAGUGUUGGUGUUGACCGGGUUGUGCCCCAAGUCAGUCAAGGGAGUGUUCUCACCCUGGCUAAUGGACCAGAAGUGAUCAGUUUUACAGCCCUUCAGGAGGAUGAGGCUAUGGACAUGGUUUAGAUGUGAUGGAUUGGUUUUUAUAGUCUUCUAAUUGAGCUAUUUUCACAUUCAGUUACAUGUUAGAUUAAAUUGACAUCACUUGAGGCUGGUGUUUGUUUCUAAUUCCUUGUGUCUUUUAAACCAAAUAUAUAUCUGUUUUCCUGGAACUCAUCAUGUAAUGUGUUUAAAAGUCAGUAAUGUGCUUUUAAAGUUGCAGUGCAUAUGUGUGUAUUAUGUAAACUAGAAAGGAUCAUGUACACACAUCAGAUCAAUGCAAUAUUUCCAGAUCAAGAGUAAAUUAAUUAAACGUUCAGUUAGUUAUUCUAGAAAUCAAAUUAACGUAAUUAUAAGGGAGUUGGAAUUAUUAGUUGUUUUGUAUUUGGAGUUAAAAUUUAUUGAUGCUUGUUCAUUUUUGCAACAUUGUUUCUGUUCUAACAUAGUCAGUCAUAUUGAUAUUGUAAACCAGUAUGACAGGAAUUGAUUGAAUUGUCAUUAAAUGGAAAAAAAAUAACGUUCAGUGUUUCCUUUAUAAGCUUUCGUGGCAUUUUGGUUCAUGUGCAUAACAUUGUAUAUUAUGCAGAAAAGUGGUCCAAUGUAUAGGCGAAAGAUGAAACAUCAAAUUAAAUUUAUCCCAGCAAAUACUAUUCCCUUGUGUGACUUGUUUUUAUAUAGAAGCAUGUAAUGACAUAUAUACAUGCUAGCCCCUUUAAUUCAUCGGUACAAGCUGAUAUUAAUUAAAUUCUCUGGCAGACUUUUGACAGCAAACAUGGUUACAUGAUCAUUCUUUAGUCUAGAUUAUUGGAGGUCUUAAGUGUUUGGUGGUAAAAUUCACACCUAAUUGUGAACAAGCAAUGAAUUAAAUUUAUAGUGGUAAUUAUUGAUAUAAUUUCUCUCCUCUUCCAUCUGUUGCGGUGUGGUAUUAUGAUGAAACAAAGCUGACAUAUUGUUGUCAUGACAACGAUAUCUCGACAGUUGCGUGGAUUAUUUGUGGACAGAAUAGAUAUUGGAGGAUGGUGUAUAAACAAACCAUACCAGAAUGUUAGGAGGCUGGUCUGUCAAUCCUAGUCCAAUUAAGUCUGGAAUAUACAGCUGGUACACUCACAACUAACAAAUUAAUGUAAAUCUCUUAAAAUUUUAUUAGAUGCGUGUUUUAUUGAUUUUGCAACAGGAGUCGAUGCAUUUACCAACAAAGCCUAGUUAUAUCUUGCAUGUAGUAAUUAAAUCCUUGUAAAGGAGGUCUUGUAGGAUGGACAUAAAUAUUUAUCCUGCAAUUAUCCCAGGGGAAUAACAUCAGAAAAUCCUUGUCAAAGGUGGGCGGGCUUGUAACAGAACAAUGAACUAGCAUGUGUCGGCAUUUUCACUUAACUACUAUAGAUAUGGGUAGCCCCAUUGAAAAAAAUAUUUUAAUGAAAACCAGUCAUUUUUACAAAGCUUGAUAAAGACAUUUGAAUCGCAGCAGGGAACUGAUUUUCAAACCGAAAUACUGUAGGUACUUAUUUUAUCAUAUAAUACAGAUUCACAUUUUAUCAUAUAAUACAGAUGCACAUAUUCACAUAACAUAUAUGUCUGUUUAUUUUUCACUAGUUUGUUUUGAGAAUAAACUGCCAGAAAACUGUU